AUGUCUGUCAUCGCGCAGCUCCCGGCGCUACUGCCCGACUGGGUACGGACCAUGUCGACGACAUACCUCGUUCUUUCCGCUGUGGUAGGCCUACCUGCACUGGCUAUCCUACUCAACGUCGCUCGUCAAUUCCUGCCACAAGGCAAAAACGCCCCGCCGCUCGUUUUCCACAUCAUCCCCUGGUUUGGCUCAGCGGCGGACUAUGGGCAAGACCCGUAUGCCUUUUUGUUCCGGAACCGUGACAAGUAUGGGGACUUGUUCGAGUUUGUGCUUUUGGGGAGAAGGGUGACGGUUGCGCUUGGACCGAAGGGGAAUAACCUGAGUCUGGGGGGGAAGAUUAGCCAGGUCUCGGCGGAGGAGGCUUAUACUCACUUGACCACGCCGGUGUUUGGCAAGGGUGUCGUCUAUGAUUGCCCCAACGAGAUGCUCAUGCAGCAAAAGAAAUUCAUCAAGCACGGCCUCACUACCGAAGCCCUCCAGUCCUACGCCCCGCUCAUGUCGGCCGAAACGGAGCAUUUCUUCGCACACGAGCUCGACCUCUCGUCCGGAUCCUCCACCUCGUCCAAGACCGUCGAGGUCUUCCACGCCAUGUCGGAGCUCAUCAUCCUCACCGCCUCUCGCUCUCUGCAGGGCAAGGAAGUCCGGAACGCCCUCGACUCGAAAUUCGCCAAGCUCUUCUGGGACCUCGAUGCGGGAUUCAUUCCGGUCAACUUUAUGUUUACGAACCUGCCCCUGCCUGUUAAUGUGCGGAGAGAUAAGGCGCACAAGCAGAUCAGCGAGUUUUAUCGGAAUAUCAUCCAGAAGCGGCGGACGGGGGAGAAAAGGGCUGAUGGGCAGGACGAACAUGAUAUGAUUACGGCUCUUACGGGGUGCCAGUACAAGACUGGCGUGGAGUUGACCGACUCGGAUAUCGCGCACAUGAUGAUUGCGAUCCUGAUGGCGGGACAACAUACCUCUUCGGCUACUUCUUCGUGGACCUUGCUCAACCUCGCCCACAGGCCCGAUGUCUACGAAGAGCUCUACAACGAACACGUCAAGCUCUUCCGGAACGCCGACGGAAGCUGGCGCGAGGUGACAUACGAAGACACCAAGACCAUGCCGAUCAUGGACGCCUGUAUCCGCGAGACUCUCCGAAUGCACGCCCCCAUCCACUCCAUCUACCGAAAAGUCUUAUCCGCCAUCCCCGUCCCCUCCUCCCUCUCCGCCCCGUCCGAAACGGAGUCCUACAUCAUCCCAGCCAACAACUUCCUCAUGGCCGCCCCUGGUGUUUCCGCCAUGGACCCCAAGAUCUGGGACCAGCCCAAAAACUGGAACCCGCACCGCUGGCUGGACGAGAAGGGGGUGGGCGCGGCCGCGUUGGAGAAUUAUUAUGGGACGAGCGGGGAGCAGGUGGAUUAUGGGUUUGGGCAGGUUAGUAAGGGGACGGAGAGCCCGUAUCAGCCUUUCGGAGCUGGAAGGCAUCGGUGUGUGGGAGAAUCUUACGCCUACCUUCAACUCUCGGUCAUUCUGUCGUAUGUCGUCAGGAACUUUACGCUCAAGAUGGAGAACAAGGAGUUCCCUUCGCCAAACUACCAAACCAUGAUUGUCAUCCCCCUCAAGGGUAUGGUCACCUUCACGAAGCGGCAGGCGGAGGUAUGA